AUGAACGGUCGUGGAAAUAUGACUCAAUACCAGCAGAAUCCUUUCAGUACUGAUGAUGGUGGCCAGAGCACCGGCGUGUCACUCUCUUCCCGGACUUCUCUGUCACCACCACUGAUCCGUUAUCCAGCCGGGUCGCCGGACUUCAGCCCCGGACCACGGUGUACGACUCAACCGUCCCCUACCUUCUCCGACUUCACUCAAGCGAGUCCUUCACUGACGUCAUUCAAUAAUCCGGCAAGCUUUACACCUUCGUUUAGCUUCUCCAACAUUCACCAAAUGAUUCCUACGCCGUCGUCGUCCCAUAACUCAAAGGCGUCGGUGAGCUCUGCUUCGUCGUCUAGCUUCUACUUUCCCCAGACGAGUCCUUCAUCAUGCUCUACUCCGUCGUCGUUCAGUCCAGACUCGUUUUCUCACUCCAACACCGGACCAUGGUCGAUCCCUCAGCCUUCCCCUGUGUUCUCAUCCAUAGCACCGGCCAGUUCUGCUCUGUCGUCGUUCGGUCCAGACUCAUUUUCUCACUCCAACACCGGAACAUGGUCGAUCCCUCAGCCUUCCCCUGUGUUCUCAUCCAUAGCACCGGCCAGCUCUGCUCCGCCGUUGUUCGGUCGUGAUUCAUUUCCCCGCUCCAACCGCGGAAAAGGGUCGUUGAUUCAUAGGUCGCCUGUGCUUUCGGUCUUACCGCCGGCGCCUGUCUACUCCUCUAAUCCGAUGGUGAGAUCAUCUCCGCCGGGUCACCCAUCUCCAUCAGCACAUUUGGAGGAAAUGUCUAACCGUCCCCCGUUGCAUCCUCAGCCUCGGGUUCCAGUCACGAGGUCCAACUCUGCGAAAGUCUCCGGUAGCAGGCCUAGAAAGUAUCAUAAAAGGACCAACAGUGAGCUAUCAAGUAUGUUGGUUGGGGACUCAAGCCGCGGCGAGGAAGGCGGAUUUGGAAAGCUCAUAUAUAAUGAGGAAGCAAUGAAGGAAUUCUGCUCUGAGUAUAUGAUCAUGCCUAACCAAAGUGCUGUUAACAAUAGUGAUCAGAAUCGGAAUGCUGAUGUUUUGAUGAUAACCAAUACUGAUUCGGGAGGUGCAAAUGAUGCUAAGAAAUAUAAAAGAAUGUUGGCAAACCGAGCCUCAGCUGCACGUUCUAAGGAGAAUCGGGAAAAGAAGAUUCGUGAUAUGGAACUCAGAGUAGAAACUCUUGAAAACACUCAAGCUUCACUGUUUGGAACGAUGACACUUUUGGAGAAGGAAAACAUAGUGAUGAUGAACGAGAAUAAGUUAGCGAAGAUUCGACUUCAAUUACUAGAGCAACAGGCCCCUCUUCUUACUGCUUUAACUAAACAAUUAGAUGAACUCCGAAGGCUAGAAAAGGAGGCAAAUGAACGAGGGAGUGUCGACUAUUCUCAACUACUGAAACAACUGAAACAAAGUGAAGAGCUCCUUGCUGAAAUCAACCGAUUUAAAGUAGCAACUGGUCAGGGGAUGAAAAAUCCCAACCAGUUCGAGGGUUCAACCAUGCAUCAAUCGGACCAAAACGUGUUCCAGCCGCAACUCAACACCUAUGAGUUCAAUCAGCACCAGCAAUUGGACCCAAACAUAUUCAAAGAGCAAUGCAAUGUCAACGAGUUUAAUCAUGAGCAACCAAACCAUGAAUUUUAUGGACAUAACUAAAGGAUUAAACAUGUCUUCAAGUUGUUUUAGAUUUAUCUAUAUAUGAUUAUAAAUUUGUAACCGUG